UUUAAACUUUGUCCCGCGUGGAGAAUUCUGGGUAGCAUCAGACAUGGCGGACGGAAGUGAAAUUUCUGUCUUGGAAGCCCGGCUUCAACGUCUUGAAGAGGCCGUCUACGGCGAAGAAGGCGAACAGCGGUCUGAACCUGCAGUAGAGAGUCUUGCCAAUUUUCAGGGUCAUGUCAAUAGCUCUUUGGAGGGGUAUGAUCGCAUCAAACAAGCGUGGAGAAAGCUGGAAGAUAUCGAGAAAUAUCUGGACCCCGCCUUCGUUGACCGCCUGACCCUGCCAGACACCGCGAAAGCAGAGAUCGUUCUGUCUGCAGAGAAGGAUAUGAAGGCUCUAGCAGCUCAGCUGGAGGAGGUACAGAAGAUGAAGGAUGUCUUUGAUAGCGAGCACAUCAGAGCGACGGCAAACUACACAUCCCAACUCCACAGUUUGGCACAGGUCCACCUUGAGCAGCAGGAACAGGCAGAGGUCCUGACUGAUGAUGUAAGAAGACUGCUGAGUGAAUACAACCGACUGGUGGACCUCAUGUCCAAGCAGUUUGUGCUCUGGGAUGAAACCCUCACCAAAUAUGAAACAGCCAAUUUACCCAAGAAAUCAGGAGCAUACUAAUAUUACUAAUCUAGAUUUAGUUACAUGUAUUCGUGUUGCAACCGAUAGUUUUGACGUGGAAGCACAUGUGACAAGGUAUCAUACAAUUUAACUGUACUAGUAAUACAACCAGGAUCAUCAAUUGGACAUACUGGACUGUUGACGUAAAGGUCAUAUAGAGUGUAUGCUGGUUAUAUGUCUGUUUCAUAUACAUUAUCUGCCUUAUGAUUGAGAGGGUGCAAUUGUUACACAUACUAGAAAUCCAGUGCUUGUGUAUGGACUUUGCACUAAUUGCUAGAUACAUUGUGCAUGUAUCUGGGGACCACAUUCAAAUUACUUAGUAGUAUGAUGAAACCUUGCAUCAUUGAAUCUUUCUUUUCUUGCUUUGAGUCUAUGAAUGAUAGCUAUGACUAUGAAGUACAAGUUGAAUGUAUGUUUUGCUGAGUAAAAUUAACUGAAAUCUGAAGAGCGUACAUGUUGCCUUAACAGAUAUGAGACCAAUGUAUACUGAAGUGGUACAUACUGAUGAUUGAUUCAGGAGGAACAGGAUUAAUGUAUUGGAUUGCAAAUGAACCAUAGCGUUAUUAUGUUACAUGUGUACAAGCCUGGUGUGGAAGUGAAAUAAGGAAUAAAGUACAUGUAAUAUCA